AUGCAGCAGAAGAAGCUGGUCCAAUACCAGCUGGGUGCUUCUAAGGCUCCUGGGCCUGAUGGUCUUAAUGGCCUCUUCUAUCAGCAACACUGGAAUAUCAUUAAAACAACUAUCAUUAAAACAGUUCAAGAUUUCUUCACAACAGGUAUUCCUCUUUCCAAACUGCCCAAUCAGGCUAUCGACCUUCAUGGGGGUGGCAGAGUCAGUGAAGCAAUUUUGAAUACUCCUCUCAACCCUUCACUCCUGCAUGAUCAAUUAGUGUGGACUGCUACUUCAUCAGCUUGUAAAAACGCCAUUGCUACCAAAGAUAAUCUCUAUCAACGCCAUAUUUCCCCUAAUCCCUACUGUACACUCUGUAACCACAACAUUCCAGAAACGAUUGAACAUCUUUUCUUCUUCUGCCCUUGGACACAAGACAUCUGGAAUCAUGAAGAAAUUAGGGUCACGAUUUCACCUACCUCGAUUCGACGUUUUGAUGCCUGGGUUGCAAAUAGAGCUUCUCUCCCAAGGGCGUCCCCAGAUUUCGAAGUGAUCGCCAAUGUGCUAUGGGAGAUCUGGCGACAAAGAAAUAACGCAGUCUUUCGGCAGCACCAACUGGAUCCGCUCCAAGCCGUGGACAACGCCCUUGCCCAAAGCCGAAUCAUCAAGCUUUUACACCCCUCUGUACAGCGGAUUAACAACAACCUGGUCAGUUCAGAUCGGAGAUGGAAACCACCUGAAAAGGGAUGCCUUAAAUGUAAUGUUGAUGGGGCUUUUCGAACGGGGUCGGAGGAUGGAUCAAUUGCGUGUAUCUACAGAGAUAGUAAAUGA